CACCGGGAGAAUGAGAACCGCUCUGAGCCAAGAAACAGAGACAUACCUUCAAAACAAGAACCCUUUCAGAUGCUGCCUGUCGCUACCUCUUUCAUAUUCUAUCUGACUGUCUCUGGGUAUAAAAUCAAAUAUGACAGGCCAACCGACAUGUCGCUUCUCCUCCGCUGAAUAGCAACAUAGCUGUCCUUGUCGUUGCACAGACGGGAAUGUCAACUCGGAAAUAUGGUCCGCAUAGCGAGCGUCCUGGGGUUGGUGAUGCUCAGUGUUGCUCUGCUCAUACUCUCAUUGAUCAGCUACGUGUCAAUAAAAAAAGAUUUUCUAUUCACGAACCCCAAAUACGCAAGUUCAGGGGGUUCUCGGAUGUAUAUGUUUCAUACCGGAUUUCGGUCUCAGCUGGCCAUGAAGUACCUGGACCCAGCCUUCACCCCUCUGACCAAGGCCCUAAACGAGAUCAUCCAGGAGAACACUUCCAAAUGGCGCUAUAACAGAACAGCUUUCACAGAACAUAGAAAAGAGAUCUCUCAGCACAUCGACAUCGCCCACAACUUCACCCUGACCCGGAGCAGCGUGCGCGUGGGUCAGCUGAUGCACUAUGACUACUCCAGCCACAAGUACGUCUUCUCUAUCGGAGAGAACUUCAAGUCCCUGCUUCCCGAGGCCUCUCCCAUCGUCAACAAGCACUACAAUGUGUGUGCCGUGGUGGGGAACAGCGGCGUCCUCACAGGGAGUCGUUGUGGUCCCGAGAUCGAGAAGUUUGACUUCGUCUUCCGCUGCAACUUCGCUCCCACUGAGAUCUUCCGCCGGGACGUGGGGCGGAGGACCAACCUCACGACCUUUAACCCCAGCAUCCUGGAGAAGUACUACAACAACCUGCUGACCCUCCAGGACAGGAACAACUUCUUCCUGAGUCUGAAGAAGCUGGACGGGGCCAUACUCUGGAUCCCUGCCUUCUUCUUCCAUACCUCGGCCACGGUUACCAGGACACUGGUCGACUUCUUUGUGGAGCACAGAGGACAGCUGAAGGUUCAGCUAGCCUGGCCUGGCAACAUCAUGCAGUACAUAAACCGAUACUGGAAGACCAAGCAGCUGUCACCGAAGCGUCUGAGCACAGGGAUCCUCAUGUACACUCUGGCCUCGUCCAUGUGUGAGGAGAUCCACCUGUACGGCUUCUGGCCCUUUGGCUGGGACCCCAACACGGGCAAGGAGCUGCCCUAUCACUAUUAUGACAAGAUGGGUACCAAGUUCACCACCAAGUGGCAGGAGUCCCACCAGCUGCCAGCAGAGUUCAAACUGCUCUAUAAAAUGCACACAGAGGGACUUAUCAAACUAACUCUCUCACAUUGUGCCUAGACCUGACUGGACUGGACCGAACCAGACUGGACCGGACAGACCUGGACCGGACUGUACAUGGACUAGAUCAGACUAAAAGGCUAAAUCUGGCACAUUAUGUCAUUUUCUGAUUGUAAACUUUUUUUCUGGUUAAGAAGGUGUUAAAUAACCAGAUUACAACCAAUUGGUCGCUGUUACUGUACAGCCAGCUAUGAAGGUCUUUUUAAUGACGACAUCAAGAAAUCAGGAGAAAGAUGUUAUAUUUUGGUUGUUAUCUGGUUAAAUAACCAGAACCAGAACACAACUAGAUAUAAAGACGUAUUUUUCUGGUUGUAAAAAGACAUAAGCAUAACGUCAUUCGUUAUCCAAUCAGCAUAUAGCACAACCUGAGCAUGACAUCAUAAAACAUGCCAUUUGCAACCAGUUUUUCCCGCUGCGAUGGGCCAGUGAGAUUCAUACUGACUGCCCAAGAUGGAUUCCCAGGCUGCCCAUGUUGUUGCCUGCUAGUGCUACGCUUUGUGACAGCUAAACUACAGCGGCUAAACUACAGCGGCUAAACUACAGCGGCUAAACUACAGCGGCUAUACUACAGCGGCUAUACUACAGCGGCUAUACUACAGCGGCUAUACUACAGCGGCUAAACUACAGCGGCUAUACUACAACCUGUUAUACUACAACGACUAAACUACAGCGGCUAAACUACAGCGGCUAAACUACAGCGGCUAAACUACAGCGGCUAUACUACAGCGGCUAUACUACAGUGACUAAACUACAGCGGCUAAGCUACAGCGGCUAUGCUACAGCGGCUAUACUACAGCGGCUAAACUACAGAGGCUAAACUACAGCGGCUAUACUACAGUGGCUAAACUACAGAGGCUAUACUACAGCGGCUAUGCUACAGUGGCUAUACUACAGUGGCUAAACUACAGAGGCUAUACUACAGCGACUAUACUACAGCGGUCCAAGCUACAGCGGCUAUACUACAGCGACUAAACUACAGCGGCUAAACUACAGCGGCUAUGCUACAGUGGCUAUACUACAGUGGCUAUACUACAGCGGCUAUACUACAGCGGUCCAAGCUACAGCGGCUAUACUACAGCGGCUAUGCUACAGUGGCUAUACUACAGUGGCUAUACUACAGCGACUAUACUACAGCGGCUAUACUACAGCGGUCCAAGCUACAGCGGCUAUACUACAGUGGCUAUACUACAGCGGCUAUACUACAGUGGCUAUACUACAGUGGCUAUACUACAGCGGUCCACGCUACAGCGGCUAUACUACAGUGGCUAUACUACAGCGGCUAUACUACAGCGACUAUACUACAGCGGCUAUACUACAGCGGCUAUACUACAGCGGUCCAAGCUACAGCGGCUAUACUACAGUGGCUAUACUACAGCGGCUAUACUACAGCGGUCCACGCUACAGCGGCUAUACUACAGUGGCUAUACUACAGUGGCUAUACUACAGCGGCUAUACUACAGCGGUCCAAGCUACAGCGGCUAUACUACAGUGGCUAUACUACAGCGGCUAAACUACAGAGGCUAAACUACAGUGACUAUACUGCAGCGACUAUACUACAGCGGCUAUACUACAGCGGUCCACGCUACAGCGGCUAUACUACAGUGGCUAUACUACAGCGGCUAUACUGCAGAGGCUAAACUACAGUGGCUAAACUACAGUGGCUAUACUACAGUGGCUAUACUACAGCGGCUAAACUACAGCGGCUAAACUACAGUGACUAUACUACAGAGGCUAAACUACAGCGGCUAAACUACAGUGACUAUACUACAGCGGCUAAACUACAGUGACUAUACUACAGAGGCUAAACUACAGCGGCUAUGCUUCAGCGGCUAAGACACAGUAAUAUCAGACUUUUUUCUAUAACCUGAGCUCAUCAUUCUAUAUCAGAGCUCUGGUUUAUCUAUGGCACAAUAGAAAUGACAAAAAUCGAGAAUACAGAUUUCCCUGUAUUGUGGUUAUAUACUGUAUGUACUGCUGCAGCUGGUUAUAUUCUAACCAAGUGGUUUUGGUGAUUAUUUUUACAUCAGGUUUUUUUCUCAGGAGAUUUAGGUUGACGUGUUUUGUUUUGUUUUUUUGCUUUUUAAGAAUUUUAAAUCAUGUUAACAAAGUAUCACUACCGAAUAAUAUCAUUUAACAGGCACGAGAAAUGGUUAGUGGUUAGAGCAUUGGGCCAGUAACCCAAAAGGUUGCUAGAGCAAAUCCCCCGAGCU